CACUCCUCAAGCGUUAGUUGUCCUUUGGCAUUCGAAGUGAGCGGAAUGAUUCGGUUUUUGACACGUCUUCUAUGGCCGCUGGCCCUGCUGCAGUGCAUCCAGGCAUCAGCCGUGGCUCCGAGGCCCAUCAUCUAUGGCCGGGAUAAUGCCUACUACUUCGGUUUGCCGGUCUACAAACUCAUCAAGCCGGGUGUACCUCCUCCCACGACUACGACAACGACAACCACGACGCCUGCUCCCAGCUCAGGUUAUCCUAGUGAUAUUCUGGACAUAGCUUACAGAAAACUGGGCCUGAAGAAGCUGCCGAGGAUCGAGGAUCUUGGCGAAUUGAUUGGCACAGGAGAUGCCAUAGAAACCAUCGAAUACCUGCGAAAACGGACCGGCAGCGAUGCUGACAUCGCCCUCAUGAAACAGUACAUGGACACGCUUCAUUUUGAAGAAGAGCAUGAGGCUGAAGAGGAGGCAGAGGCUGAAGCUGAAGAGGAGGCGGCUGCGGAAGAAGAGAAGCCAGAUGACGACAACGACGAUGAUGAUGAUAAUACCAUGGGCAACAGCUUUGAUGAGGACCAGCCCAGGGAGAAUAUUAUCCCGACCAAAGCUCCCGAGCCGCAGGGAAGUAUGAUGCAGCGUUUUAGCAGCUUCUUGAGGCAGUGGACCAGUCGGGCCCCCACUCCAUCGCCGACGGUAGUUACUCCUCCCCCUUCUCCUCCUCCGCGCACUGUCUCCUUUCAGCCAGUUUUUGUGGUUCGUCCUCCUACUAUGCCCGUGCCAAACAGACGGCCUGUCCUGGUGAGGCAACCAGUGCCUUACCACUAUCCCGUGCCUUUCCGACCCGUGACAACGUCGCCACCGCGCGUCGAAAAGCCCACAGAGGUGCCCAGUACCACAGCAGCUCCUAAGCCCCAUCUGAACACCCCCAAGGAGCAGGAGUUGUCCGCCAAGGAGCUGGAGGAUAUCACGAUCGAUAUACCGAACAACCUGUCGCCGCACAUCAUGCAGUUCGCCAAGUUGGCCAACAUCUCGCCGGUAAUUGUGGACCGCUUCCUGCAGCGCCAGCCCAAGCUAGCGGCGUUGGCCAAGAAGGUUAGCACGCUGGCACUGAGCCAGGAGCAGACCCAGGAGAUGGAGUCCCAGGUGCUGAUGGCCGUGCACAAGGCGCUGUCCCAGAGCGAGGAGAUGAGCAAGAUAUUGGAGGCGGCCCAGACACUUAAAUAGACUAAAUGUAUAACUAUUAAAGCUUUAAGAAUAUUUCAUUGAAAAUAAAACCUGAUGUCAAUAUUAAAAA